AUGAUUGAAAGAUCUAAAUAAUUAUAAAUAAAACCUCUAACAGAACAAGAUUUUAAAAUUUUAUUUGAAAAAGUCCUCCAAAAACCAUUCUCUUAAAUCCAAUAAGAAACCGAAAAUUUCAUUUAAAAAUAAAAAGAAGUUCCAAAAGUCUCUUAAUAAUAGCCAUUUUCUCAACCCCAACCUUAAAAAACAGUAUAAUAAAUACCUCAAAAAUAAUCCUUUUAAAGCCUAUAAAAUACUACCUAAAACUAAAACACAUAAAAAAAAAAUACUGAAAAACACCUCUGGACACACAAAUACUCACCCUAAUAUCUCGAUAGUUGUGUAGGAAAUUUCCAACAAAUAAAAAAGAUUGAACUAUGGUUACAAAACUGGCAUUCAGUCGUUAUAAAAAAAGAAACUAAAGGCCAAUCUAAAAACUGGAAAGAAAAUACAAGUGCAAAAGCCUGUUUAAUAUCCGGACCUCCGGGUAUUGGUAAGACUUCAACAGUACGACUUUUGGCCAAAAAAUACGAAUAUCAAAUAAUAGAAUGGAAUGCAUCAGAUGUCAGAAGUAAAAAUUAACUAGAAUAAUUAGUAAAGCCCUUAAGUUCUAAUUGCGUAUUAGGAUAAUCCAAUAGAAAUAAUAAAGCGAUUAUUUUAAUGGACGAGAUUGAUGGAAUGUCCUCUGGAGAUAUAGGAGGAAGCUAAUAAUUACUCAAAAUAAUAAAAGAAACUUAAAUUCCUAUUUUUUGUGUAUGUAAUGAUAGAUAUAAUUAAAAAUUAAAAUCUAUUGCUAACUACUGUUAUGAUAUUAGAUUUUUCAAACCGCAAAAACAAUAAGUAGCAGCACUUUUAAGUAAAAUUUGUGUUUAGGAAAAAAUUAAAGCAGAUAAUCUUGGGCUUGAACUUUUGGCCGAAAACGCUAAUUGUGAUAUUAGAUAGGCUAUUAAUUAUUUAUAAAUGGAAUCUUAAAAUAAAAAUAAUAAUAUUUUUUCAAUUAAAAGCUUAAAAUUAGCUUCUAAAGAUGAUAUGGUUUCUCUUAAUAUUUUCGAGGCUUAGGAAACAACUUUAGAAAACGGAAUAAGAAUAUGUAGUGAAAGUUGGCCAUCACCAAUAUGCACAGUUGCAGCAUUUAUAAAAUGUGGAAGUCGAAGUGAAACAUUAGAAACAUCAGGAAGUGCUCAUUUUUUGGAACAUUUGCAUUUUAAAGGAACUUAAAAACGUUCUCGUAUAUAAUUAGAAUUAGAAAUAGAAAAUAAAGGAGGAUAAUUAAAUGCAUAUACAUCUCGAGAAAACACUUGUUAUACAAUGAAUGUAUUCAAAAACGAUUUAGACUGGAGUUUAGAAUUAUUAUCAGAUAUUUUAUAAAAUUCCAAAUAUGAAACCAGUGCUGUAGAAGACGAAAAAAAUACAAUAUAUACUGAAUUAAUAGAAACCUAAAAAAACUUAAUGGAAACCACAAUAGAAAUUUCUCAUAAAGGAGCUUACAAAGGUCAUUAAAUGGCGCUACCUAUAUUAGGAGAAAUAAAUAAUAUAUUCUCUGUAACCAGAGAUAUGGUACUAGAAUAUCACAAUAGAAAUUAUUUUGGUGAAAACCUAAUAAUAAUAGGUGCAGGAGAUCAUGACCAUUAAAAAUUAGUUGAAAGUGUGCAAACUCACUUCGCAAAAAUGCCCAAAAAAUCUCCAAUUUAAACUUUGCUAUAAAAUUAGGACAUACCAAAGUUUAACAGUGAAGUAAGCUUAUUUAAAAAAGAUGAUGAUAGUAAAAAUUUAAAUUAUUCUUUUAUGCAAGAAGCUCCUUCUUGGAGAGAUCCUGAUUAUUAUUCGUUUUUAAUUGUAUAAAGAAUUUUAGGUGAUAAACCAUAAUCUUUAUUAGACAUAGAAUUAUUAAAUAACUCUGAUGUUAAUAUUUAUUAAAAAAUGUUGAAUUAAAUUGAAGGUGUAGAACUUUAGAAUGGAGUGUAUACACCAUAUAAUGAUACUGCUCUUUUUGGAAAUUAUUAUAAUGGAAGCCCUGAAUCGUUAGGUUAAAUUUUGUAGUUAUAACAAACUAUUUGGUAGAAAAUUAGAAACUUUAUUACUGAUAAGGAAAUUUAAAGAGCUAAAAAAAAACUUUAUAUUGAAUUAUUUUAACAUGAAACCGGAAAUGAUAUUUCUUAAGCAAUUGGAAAUCAUAUCCUAUAUUUAAAUAGAAGAAUUUUUAGAUCUGAAAUAGCAUAUAGAAUUGCUGCUUUGAAUAAGGAUGAUAUUGUUUAAGCUAUUGAUUAAUGGUGUGUUGAUAAACCUUAUUCUAUUACAAUAUGGGGAAAAGUAGAUGAUUUAAUUAAUUAAGCAUCAAAUAUUUAAUAAUAAUGA